CUUAAGAUAGACGGUACACGGACAACCAUGCGAUUCAUUCGAUUCGCAUCGUAGUGUAAAGCGAACAUUCAAAUUUGAACAUUUUUCCAUUGUUUUUAGCAAAGUGAAAACAACAUUAUUAUAUUUAAUUUGUGGAAUUUUUUAAUAUAAGUGAAUUCAAUUUGAGGUGAAUCACUGUGAAAAAAGGAUUUAUUUAAAUUUUUGUGAGCCAAACAUUGUGAGUUGUAUUAUAUCAAGUGCAUCAAGCACAAAGUUGAUGUUCAAUAUUAAAAAAAUAGCGAUACUUUUGCAUAGGAUUUUAAAGAACUAGGAUUGGAAAACACAUUUAAAAUUUCCAAUCGAGACAAAGUGAUGUUGAUGGUUAUUGCAGAAUAUAAAACGAAACAACAACAACAUCGGCUUAAAAAAAGAGAAAAUUGUGUGUAUGGAUUUUUUCCUUGGAAUUUUAAUUUCAAAAAAAUUAUUGUAAUUGCCCUGUUGCUGUGUUUGUGUUUUAUCAACUCUUUGACCCCAUAGUGAGAAGAAAUAAAGUUAAAUUUUAUUUUAAAUAAGAACAACGAUACGCUGGAUAAUUUAACCAAUAAUUUCGCAAUUAAACUGCAUUGAACGACUGCAAUGAUCCGUUAACUAUUGUACACAACAGUGAGCGAGAAUCGACAAAAGCAUAAGCAUAACAACAACAAUAACAAGCAUACACAUACAGAGUGUUCAAAGCGCAACAACAGCAGCAAUAGUACGGAUUGAGAGAAAGAAGCACUGCGAGAGAUAAACGGCAAACAACCAUCCAGCCCAGCCACAGCACCAAAACGCGAACAGAAAACAGAUACCAACAAGUAACACCAAGCCAAGUUACUUGAGAUCGACGAACUUGUGUGUUGUGUAUGCAUAUAUAUGAAAUGAGAGAGAGAGGAUAAAAAAAAAGAAGUAUUUAUACAUAAAAGGUACAUAUAGCGUAUUUACGCUAUUUUAAAAUCUAUGUAAGAAAACAUUUCCAGCAUAGAGCUAAAUCUAUAUUGCAACGUGUACGAGAAGGAAAAAUUGUGCAUGAAAAAAAAGAGAUUAUUGCUGUUUUUGUGCGGCCACGUUUUUUGUUUUGUUUCUUCUCAUUUCGGGCCAAUUUCAGUGCUAACAUAUCAACAGUAAUCGAAUAUUUAAGAAGUGAAACAAAUUGAAAUGCAUAGAGUCUUUCGUACCAAACACAUUUUUUUUUGUUUUGUGAACAUACGUGUAUGAGUAUGUAUGGCGAUUUGCAUGAUCGAAAAAUGCAAUACGUUCAAGCGAAUUAAAUUGUCUAUAUUGUGAAUUCUAGUUUUUGACUUGAAAAUUGCACCCAUCGACGGCCCCAAAAAAUUACUGCCUUUUAAACGUGUCUCUGUGAAAAUAUUCCAAUUUGGUUAAAUUGAAAGAAAUAAGUGAAUGGUUUUUUUUUUUAUCGAAGAGAAACACACAAAGAUUGAAUAUUACCAAAUACAAAAUAAAAAGAAUAUCUCAGUACGGGUUUUGUUGAGUUGGAGUCAGUGUUUGAGACAACGAGAAAGAGAUGAAAUGAUUUAAUGAUUCAGAUACAAAUGUGACUCGGCAAGAAAUUGUUCUUUUUAAGUGCAUUGAAAGUACCAAUUUUUUGUGUAUGUGUAGAACAAAACCAAAGCAUAACAUAUUACAUUGGAUACGCACAUAAACGAAACAAAAGAAAUUUCGAGUGGUUUACAAAAAAAAAAAUCUUGCGAAAAAAUAGACAGAUUAAAGAAUUGCAGGCGCCAGUUAAAUCUUCAUCGAAAGAGUCAAAACACGGACAUCGGACGAUCCAAGAUCGGAUAAAAAAAAACACGCAGUGAACAAGCGAGACACCGAGACAGUGAGAUAGAUAGAGAGACACCGAAACAUAGACAGAUAGAGAGAGGGACGGAAACCCAUUCGAAAUAAAUCAUAAAGUAUCGAGAGACACAGGGGUCAUUGAAAUACACAAAGAUAGAGAACGUUGUAGUGGAGUGUGUGUGCGAGUGAGUGUGUAUAAAUUUUUUUUAUCUGUGGCAAGCUAUAGCGCGCAAUGGUUCAUUUACAUAAUUUUAAUCGGUGAUGAUAAAAAGCGGUGAGUUGCUGCUGUAUGAGUCGCGUUACACGUAGGUGAAAGAUAAAUUAUGGCAGCAUCCACGAAACAAAUGAAACGAAAAAUGUUUUGUUGUCUUCACAUUGGAAUGAUGAGGCGACUUGUUUGGCUAUUAUGGUGGUGGUCAAUGUAUCUAGUAUGCAUUGGUACGUUGACGACAAUACGAAUGACGAUGGCCGAACAUGUAUGCGAAUUAGAUGUAUCGGAAGGCGUACCAAUCGGUUAUAAAAUCGGUUACAUUGGCGAGUUUUUGCCGGGCGUUGAUAGUGGCCCACCGUAUUUAAUUGUACCGGUGCAAGGUAGCGCGGUCGAACCGGACCUAUCAAUUGAUCAUACAACCGGUGAAAUAAGGACAAAAGUGCUAUUGGAUCGUGAAAUGCGUGCAUCCUAUUCAUUUGUUGCGAUACCAAUGAGCGGUGAAAAUAUUAAAGUAUUAAUUCGUGUACUGGACGAAAAUGAUAAUGCACCAACAUUUCCAUCGUCAUCAAUGAAUAUUGAAUUUCCGGAGAAUACACCACGCGAUGUUAAACGAACACUAAAUCCGGCACGUGAUUUAGAUUUAGGGCGACAUAAUACACAACGCUAUAAUAUUGUAUCGGGUAAUGUGAAUAAUGCGUUUCGAUUGUCAUCGCAUCGUGAACGCGAUGGUGUUUUAUAUUUAGACUUGCAAAUCAAUGGAUUUUUAGAUCGUGAAACAACACCAUUUUAUAGUUUAGUGAUUGAGGCAAUUGACGGUGGUAAUCCACCGUUACGUGGUCAAAUGACAGUGAAUAUAUCAAUACAAGACGUUAAUGAUAAUACACCGAUAUUCAAUCAAAGUCGAUAUUUUGCAUCCGUACCGGAGAAUGCAACGAUCGGUACAAAAGUGCUUCAGGUGUAUGCCACUGAUAUUGAUGCCGGUAACAAUGGUUUAAUUGAAUUCACAAUAAAUCGUCGACAAAGUGAUCGAGAGCAAAUGUUUCAAAUUGAUAGUAAAACCGGUAUUAUUUCGGUGAAUAAGCCGCUCGAUUUUGAAACAAAAGAAUUACAUGAAUUGGUUGUGGUGGCUCGUGAUCAUGGCGAGCAACCGUUGGAGACGACAGCAUUCGUGUCGAUAUCCGUAACAAAUGUCAACGAUAAUCAGCCAAUAAUCAAUGUAAUUUUCUUAAGUGACGAUGCAACGCCAAAAAUUGCCGAAUCAGCACAGCCAGGCGAAUUUGUUGCACGAAUUUCGGUAAACGAUCCCGAUUCAAAAACCGAAUAUUCAAAUGUAAAUGUUUCACUGAUUGGGGGUGAUGGACAUUUUGGUUUAACAACACGCGAUAGCAUAAUUUAUUUGGUCAUUAUUUCGUUGCCGUUGGACCGUGAAUUGCAGCCAAAUUACACGCUGAGCAUUGUGGCUACCGAUCAAGGUACGCCACCGUUGCACGCAUCAAAAACCAUUUAUUUAAAAGUAACCGAUUGUAAUGACAAUGCACCCGAAUUCGAAAAAGAAACAUACCAUGCAAAUGUGAUGGAAGUUGCCGAUCCGGGCACAUCAGUUAUACAAGUAGCCGCAAUCGAUCGUGACGAAGGCAACAAUUCGGUCAUCACAUAUUCCAUAUUGGAUACACCAAAUACGCAUUCAGAAUGGUUUCAAAUUGAUCCAAACACCGGACUGAUUACAACACGAACGCACAUCGAUUGUGAAACCGAACCCGUACCCCAAUUGAUUGUACAAGCUCGUGACAAUGGCGUACCGGCAAUGUCAUCGACUGCAACGGUUUUCAUCCAAAUUCAUGAUGUCAAUGACAAUGAACCGAUCUUCGAUCAAAGUUUCUACAAUGCAACCGUUAGCGAAAAUGAUCCAAAGGGCAAAUGUAUCUUAAAGGUCUCGGCAAGCGAUCCGGAUUGUGGUGUGAAUGCUAUGGUAAAUUAUACGCUUGGUGAUGGCUUCAAAAAGAUGAUGGAAUUUGAAGUGAAACAUACCACCGGCGACAUAUGCAUCAGUGGCACAUUGGACUUUGAGACACGCAGCUCGUAUGAAUUCCCGAUAAUAGCCACCGAUCAAGGUGGCUUGAGUACGACGGCCAUUGUUAAGAUUCAAGUAACCGAUUUUAAUGACAAUGCACCGAUCUUCUAUCCAGCGGAAUACAAUGUAUCUAUACGUGAAGCAUCGGCUGGAUCAACGGCAAUCGUUUCAGUUGUGGCAUCCGAUUUGGAUUCGGAUCGUUUUGGUACCGUAUCAUAUCGCAUUGUUGGUGGAAAUGAGGCGGCCAUAUUUCGUAUUGAGCGCGUUUCUGGUGAGAUUUUUGUAAACAAACCAAGUAUGCUGUCAAGCCGUACACAACCCAAUUACAAAUUAAACAUUUCGGCCACCGAUGGAGGUGGCUUAAGAUCAUCACAAGAUGCAAUCGUUUACAUUAAUGUCAUUGAUUCGAUGCAUCGUCCACCAAUCUUUGAGAAAUCACGAUACACGUAUUCGGUGAAAGAGGACGUUGCCCGUGGUACGGUUAUUGGGUCAGUUUUGGCAACGAGCAGCGAUUCAGGGAGUCGAAGUAUAACAAAAUACUCAAUUUACGGCGGUGAUCCAGAUGAUUACUUCAGCAUCGAUGCAUCGUCCGGAAAUAUUCGAAUUGCAAAUAAAUUGGAUCAUGAGACAAAAUCACAAGUUUUACUAAAUGUUCAAGCAACAUCGGGCGAUCCACCCGAUUAUGCUCAUACACAAGUGACAAUUUAUAUUGAAGACGUUAAUGAUAAUGCUCCCGAAUUUGAAUCGACAACGGUUCGAAUUUCGAUACCGGAAAAUGCUGAAUUGGGCACACCUCUGUAUGCAGCAAAUGCGCAUGAUAAAGAUUCAGGCAAAAGUGGCACGGUUCGGUAUCGUUUGACUAAUGUUGAUGACAUGCACACCACAAAUACCAUUUCGUUAUCAUCAUCGUUGUCGACCGGCGAUCGAAAGAGUAAUCCAAAUUUAUUUAGCAUCGACGCCGAAACCGGUCAUUUAACGCUGCUACAUCAUUUAGAUUAUGAAACUGCUCAGCGACAUGCUUUGAUUGUUACGGCCUCGGAUUUGGGCGAACCAACGUUAACGGCCAAUUUGACAAUUUUAGUUGAAGUACAAGAUGUAAACGAUAAUAGUCCAACGUUUGAACGCAACGAAUACUCGAUAAGUAUUAUUGAGUCCACACAAAUUAAUUCACAGAUUUUACAAGUAACGGCAACCGAUUUGGAUACUGGUAACAACGCACGAUUAACCUAUCGCAUUGUGAGCGGCUCGCAAAUAUUCCAAUCAAAAAAUGAGAACGAAAAACAACGUUCAAAAUCGAAUGCAUCAAAAGGAAAUAUUCAAACGGCUACAAAUAUAACCGAUAUUUUUGGCAUAUUUCCAAACAAUGGUUGGAUCUACUUGCGCAGUGAAUUGGAUCGUGAAACGUGUGAUUAUUACGAUUUGACGGUUGUUGUAAAUGAUAAUGGUGGUACACCAUCCGCAUCGGCAACCACACAUGUUAUUGUAAAUGUACUUGAUGCAAAUGAUAAUGAUCCAACAUUUUUACAAGAUUCAUAUGAAUUUACGGUUGAUGAAAAUGCACGGCGUAACACCGUUGUCGGAAUUGUAUCCGCAACUGAUGUUGAUUUGGGAAUAAAUUCUGAACUCAAAUACAACUUAAUUCCGGAUAAUUCAAGCUUUCACGUAAAUCCGAAUACAGGUGAAAUAAUAACGCGAGAAGCAUUAGAUCGUGAACAGCAUGCAUCUUAUGAUUUUGUGAUUGAGGCUCGUGAUCAAGGAACGCCGUCUCGAAGUUCGAGAACACAGGUGCGCAUUCAAAUAAAUGAUAUAAAUGAUAAUGCACCAGAAAUCGUCGAUCCACAAGAAGAUGUGGUGAGUGUACGUGAAGAGCAACCGCCUGGCACGUAUGUUGUUCGAAUUCGGGCCAUUGAUCGCGACAAUGGAUACAAUGCCAGCAUCACGUAUUCGAUAUUAAAAGGACGUGAUUCUGACGGUUAUGGAUUAUUUUCGAUCGAUUCAUCAACCGGCAUAAUUCGUACUCGUGUCGCAUUAGAUCAUGAAGAGCGUAGCAUUUAUCGUUUGGCUAUUGCAGCCAAUGAUGGCGGCAAACCAUCGAAACAAACCGUACGUUUACUUCGCGUUGAAGUGCUCAAUUUGAAUGACAACCGUCCAACAUUCACCAGCUCCAGUUUGAUUUACAAGGUUCGUGAAGAUGCGCCAAUCGGUUACAUUGUUGGUUUUAUUGGCGGCACUGAUCGAUCUGACUCCGAUAAUAUGAUAGCCGCGAAUCGUAUGCUUGAAGUGACGUACACGCUCAAUUCAAUUUCGACGGAUGUCAUUGAAAAUGCAUUCGAUAUCGAUCGCAGCACUGGUUCAUUGGUUGUUGCACGCCAAUUGGAUCGUGAACAACAAAGUGAAUAUCGACUUGAAGUGCGCGCUCUUGACACAACCGCCACAAAUAAUCCACAAAGUUCAGCAGUCAAUAUUAAAAUUGAAAUCAUCGAUCAAAAUGACAACUAUCCACAAUGGCCAAAUGAUCCAAUUGAAAUUCACAUUAUGGAAAAUUCACCAAUCGGUAUGGCAUUGUAUAAUUUCACAGCAACUGACCUUGAUCUCGGUCCAAAUGGUAACAUUCAAUAUGAGCUCGUUCAACAAAUGCCAUGGAAUCGAAAAACAUUCAAUGUUGACCCGUUGACGGGCACAUUAACACAACUUUUGCCCAUCGAUUACGAGGAUCUCACCGAAUAUCUGUUGGUUGUAAAAGCCACCGAUCAAUCGAUAAAUUUGAGUGAACGUUUGAGCUCGUUGGUAACGGCACGCAUCAUGGUGAUUGAUGCCAAUGACAAUGGACCCAUUUUUGUUUAUCCAAAUGUUGAUAAUGCACUGAUUUAUGUUAGUGAAUCGUUAAGCAUUGGUGAUGUGGUCACUCGUGUCAUUGCUACCGACAAGGAUUCCAAUAACAACAGUCGAAUUUCGUACAGCAUCAUUAGUGGAAAUGAAGAAGGCCAAUUCGGUAUCAAUACAAUGACAGGAACAAUCAAAUUGCAUAAACCAUUUUUGACGAAUGCAUCGAACGAUAUGAUUUCAAACGGCAACAGUCGUAAACAUAAUCUCGUGAUCAGUGCCGCUGAUAAUGGUUCACCCAUUCCACUUAGUACACAAAUCAAUGCACAAAUUAUUGUACAAGGUCUAACAACCAAUCCACCAAAAUUCAGUGAAUCAAUUUACUAUGCAAACAUUUCGGAGAACGUACCAUCGGGCACUUUUGUUGCUCGUGUCACCGCCAAAUCCUAUCACUCUGACGCAGGCCGAAGUCUAAUGUUUGAGAUACCAGCCGGUGUGGGAGAUGAUUUGUUUAUUGUCGAUUCAACCCGUGGCAUUGUGACAACUCGUGGUCCAAUUGAUCGCGAAACAAAAGAUGUCUACGUAAUUCCGAUUUAUGUAACAGAAGCGGCUGCCACUGAUUUUGGCAAUAGUUUUAGCUAUUCGAAAUCGAAUAAAAAUGCAGUGACAUUGUUUGAUGUGGCAACGCUUGUGAUUAAAAUUAACGACGUAAAUGAUCAUUGGCCCGAAUUUCGACCGGGAACAUGUUAUCCACUAAGCGUUCCAGAGAAUCAUGAAGCAGCCAUUAUUCACACAGUUGUCGCAACUGAUUUAGACGAUGGCUUGAAUGGUGACAUCAUUUAUACCAUCACAGGUGGAAAUUUCGGGAAUAAAUUUAGCAUCGACAUGCAUACAGGUGAAUUAACCGCCCGACCACUGGACCGUGAAUUGCAAGCACGUUACUUUUUACAAAUCACUGCACAAGAUCGUGGUUCACCGCUCACAUAUCAGGGCGUAUGUAAUUUUUCAAUAGCUGUUGAAGAUCAAAACGAUUCGAAUCCAAAAUUCGAUUCACCCAAAUACAUAGUGACGGUGGCCGAAGACAUUGCAAUUGGUACACCAAUUUUGACAGUCAAAGCAACCGAUGCUGACAUUGGUACCAAUGCACAAAUCGUCUAUUCACUGGCUAACGAAACCAACUGGUUGUUCAGUGUCGAUAAUCGCAGUGGUGUCAUUACAACGACGGGAGCCUUGGAUAGUGAAAAGAUUCGUGAAUAUAAUUUCAUGGUUGUGGCCACAGAUGGUGGUUUGUAUGAUGCGCGCGAACAAAGCGUUCCCGUUCAAAUUUUCAUUGAAGAUGUUAAUGAUAAUGCGCCCAUAUUCGACAAGUAUCCAUUUAAAAAUCAGAUUUCAACAUUUGUACAGCCAGGCCAGAAAUUGAUGCAAGUGUCGGCAAGUGAUAUGGAUGACGGACCAAAUGGUGAAAUUGUCUAUAGUUUGGCCAGCGAUACAAUGAAUGACAAAUUCCGUUUGAAUCCAAGCACCGGCAUUUUAACAGCCACAAAAAGUCUGUCAGAAGACAAUGGUCGUUUGAUACAUUUGAAAAUUGUUGCACGUGACAAAGGCAAUCCACCACAAAGUACAAUGGGUUUAAUUGAAUUACGUGUUGGUGAUGUUCCAUCGGAUAUACCAAGUUUACGUUUUCAAAAUGAAAUUUAUACCGUAUCAUUGAUGGAAAAUGUACCGCGCGGUCAUUCAGUUGUUCAUUUAAAUGCUGUACGCAGCGAUGGUCGACGACAAAAGAUUAUUUAUAGCAUUGAAAGUGGCAACGAUCAUGAUACAUUCGAAAUUGAUGCAAAAACCGGCGAAAUCAAAGUACAAAAUUCAGCUAGUUUAGAUUAUGAAGAGCGUAAUAAACAUGGUAUUCAUUUGGUUGUUGUUGCUCGCACCGAUACUUCGCCCAUUUUAUAUGGCUAUUGUACGGUUGUAGUGCAUUUACAAGAUGAAAAUGAUAAUGCGCCACGAUUCACACAACGUCAGUACGAAGCAAGCGUGUGGGAAGGCAACAAUAAAGGCACAUUUGUGAUGCAAGUCAAAGCGUUUGACAUUGAUCAGGGAGCCAAUUCACGUGUAUUGUAUCAUAUCGUCGAUGGGAAUCAUGAUAAUGCUUUUGUCAUUGAGCCCGCAUUUAGUGGCACGGUUAAAACGAAUAUUGUGCUUGACAGAGAAAUCAGAGAUAUGUAUCGAUUGAAAGUGAUUGCCACCGAUGAAGGAAUACCACAGAUGACGGGCACGGCUACCAUCCAUGUUCAUAUCAUCGAUGUGAACGAUAACCAACCAACAUUUCCACCACACAAUGUCAUCAAUAUUGGCGAAGGCACGGAACUUGGAACUGUACUAACGGUGGCAUCGGCAAAUGAUGUUGAUACUUAUCCAGCACUGGCUUACUCAUUUGACGAAGUCCAUACUGACGAAGAUGCACUUGCUCUUUUCUCCAUCGAUCGCUUUAGCGGAAAAGUUUUACUUAAGAAACCACUAGACUAUGAAAUGAGACAGGAAUACCAAUUGAAAAUUUUCGCAUCCGACUCAAAGUACACGGCACAAUCAACACUUACCAUUCACAUUACCGAUGAAAAUGAUAAUGCACCCGAAUUCACGCAACUGAUGUAUCAAUCAACCAUUUCAGUGAAAUCAUCAAGCGGAAUGAUUGAAGUGCUGAAAGUGAACGCAACUGAUUCGGACAGUGAUAAAAAUGCACAACAACGAUAUUCGUUGAUUAAACCAGUGUCUGGCUUUUAUAUUGGCGAGACCACGGGCAUCAUAACAGCAAACGCAAGCCAAGUGAAUAAGCUGCCAACAAAUGAUGUUCAACUAUCUGUCGUGGCCACUGAUUCUGGCAUUCCAAUGCUCAAAUCAACGACUGCUGUUCGAAUUAAAGUGAUUCCAAAUAAUUUGGCAAAACCAAAUUUCAUACAAAAUCAAUAUCGAUCAACAAUUAUGGAAAAUGCUGAAUUGGGAACUAUUUUAUUAAAACUAACCAGUGCUGACCAGAGUGAUUUGGAGUCGAAUCAAAAUAUCAUCUAUCAAAUAAUAUCAGGAAAUGAUAAUGAUACAUUUGACAUCGUUCAGCCGCACAAUGCUUUGGUGUUGGUAAAACAUUUGGAUCGUGAAACGACACAAUCAUAUAGCUUACGUUUGGCUUUGAACGAUAUAGAAAUUCCAAAUCAAAUGGAUGACAAUACAACCAUCAUAAAUGUAUUUGUAUCAAUCGAUGAUGCAAACGAUAAUGCGCCGAUAUUCCAGACGGAAAAUUAUGAAGUGGUGGUCAGUGAAUCGGUGCCAUUGAAAUAUUCGAUUGCAAAAAUAGUGGCAAGCGAUGCUGACUUGGAAAAUACACCAAAUUCCGAAAUUGUAUACGAUAUAACAUCUGGCAAUGAUGAUGGAUUGUUUAGCAUUGAUUUGAUAAGCGGUGUUCUGUUGGUGAAUAAAAAAUUGGACUACGAUCAUGGCCAUACAAACUACAGUUUAAUAAUUCGAGCAUGUGAUAGUGGUGUGGUUGCAUUGUGUAACAUUUGUCAAUUCAAUAUAACACUGACCGACGAAAAUGAUAAUGAACCACAUUUCGCUGUAUCGGAGUACUUGGAAUUUGUCGCUGAAAAUGAGCCGACUGCAGUGACCAUUUUCACUGCACGUGCCGUUGAUUUGGACAAGGGAAAAUAUGGAAAAUUGAAUUAUUCGAUUGAAUCAUCGGCGGCUAUUGGUCAAUCUGAUGUUGAUGAAGCAUGGAAAUUAUUUAAAAUCGAUCCAAUCACCGGCAUCGUUACAACAAAUGCUGUUUUUGAUUAUGAACAGAAGAAUCGAUACACUUUUGCAAUCAAAGCAACCGACAUUGGUGGCAAAUCGGCUUAUGUAAAAGUACGCAUUAUGAUCGAUAGCAGAGACGAAUACAGUCCGCAGUUUACAGAGCGUACAUAUCGAUUUGGUUUGGCAACACCUGAAUUGGACACAUUGCCUGUUGGAUAUAUUGUGUAUUGUUGUGUAUUGGCAACGGAUCGUGACAAAGGACCAGAUGGACGUGUUGUUUAUCAAUUGACCACACAGCAUCCAUAUUUUAAAAUCAAUCGAACAACCGGUGCCAUCAUGAUCAAACGAAAACUGAAUAAUGCGGCUGCCACCUUGGAGGCUGGUCGUGACAUGAGUUUGGUUGUGACCGCAUCAUCGGGACGUCAAGGUUCUUUGACCAAUAUGACAGUUGUUGAAAUUGCACUGGACGCUCUACCGAACUUGGGUACAAAUCAAGCAAGUACAAUCAAUUCGGGUGCACCAAAUGACAGUGGCAUAGCCGAUUGGGCAUUGGGAUUAUUGAUCUCAUUGAUUUUGGUAUGCAUUUCCUUUGGUGCGGUAUUUUUGUUUUUACACUUCAAAAAUCGAAGGCAUAAACAAGUGAUCAAACCAAAUUUGAGCACAGAUACCGUUGGAAAUACAAAUAGUUAUGUGGAUCCGUCGAGCUUCGAUACAAUUCCAAUUCGUGCAAAUGCGAGUGUGAAUAGUUCAGGACCAUUUGCACCGCCAAAAUAUGAUGAAAUACCACCAUGUUCACAUAGCUCACGUUCAAAUAAUGCAACCACAUCCGAGCUAUCUGGUUCCGAGCAAUCGGGCUCGUCGGGUAGAGGUUCGGCCGAAGAUGAUGGUGAAGAUGAGGAAAUUCGAAUGAUUAACGAAGGACCAUUACAACGUGACAAUGGAAUGCAUAUGGAAAAUGGACGUCAAUCCGACAUUUCCGUACAAAAUACACAAGAAUAUUUAGCACGAUUAGGUAUUGUUGAUAAUUUAACGGCCGGCGCAUCGACAUCAUCACGUGUUGGCAGUACAAAAGAUGCAAUUUUACAUCAUACAUUGCCAAUCGAUUCAUUGCAUAUGUUCGAUGAAGAUUCACAUCACAAUGACAUUACGAAUUUGAUUUAUGCCAAAUUAAAUGAUGUCACCGUUGGCAGUGAUCGUGCCAGUUGUGUUGAUGAAGCGGCAACCACAGCUGGUAGCAUUGAUGCGGCUGUUGAUCACAUGAUGAGUGGAUAUAGUAAUCAUCCAGUUGUGGCCGGGAAUCCUGGGCCAUCAAUGAGAUCCAUAGAAGGUUCAUUGAGUUCAAUUGUUCACAGUGAAGAAGAAUUGACAGGCAGUUAUAAUUGGGAUUAUUUACUUGAUUGGGGUCCACAAUAUCAACCGUUGGCACAUGUUUUCUCAGAAAUAGCACGAUUAAAAGAUGAUACGCUUUCGUUACACAGUGCCAAUAGUGGUGCAAGCACAAAGAGCAAAAUACCACAACAUCCAAAACAUAUUCCACCACCGUUACUGACGCAUAUUGCACCACGAUCGGUGCUAACGACACGUGGCAACAGCAGUCAUACGGGCUCUGUGAAUCAAUACCUUUUACCUAGAUCACCAAUUAGUCAUGAUUCGAUAGCUGGUUUUAGCACAUCGUCGGCUAUGUCACCAUCAUUUUCACCAUCAUUAUCACCAUUGGCACAACCACCGUCCAUUUCACCGCACGUCAGUGCACCAAAUUUACCAUCAACACAUCGCAAAAUAUGCUAGUGAUCCAUUUGAAUCUAUAAUGUACAUAUGAAAAGUGCAGCAUUGAAUGUCGGCAAUAAUAUUAUUACAAGAAACCCAAAAUGGAUGAGAAUCUUGUUUAUGUGAAUUUAACGAUAUAUGCGACCGAUGUUUACCGUAAUUAAAUAGUUAUUUAAAUGCAAUCUGUGACACCUAUUGUAUUAGACAAAUUUUGAGAAGAAAAAACAUCGAUUUUAACAACAACAAAAUUUCCGAAAUCGAGACCAAUUGAUAGAUUUUAUCGAGAGGUCUUAAUUUCCAUGAAUUUAUUUAAUGACAAAUCGAUGGACAAGUUAUUUAAUAAAAAAUAGACAAAAAUGAAGAAAAUGUGCCGUUAAUGUGUAAAUAGAACAAUGAAUUUUAGUCAGUAAUGAAUGGAUUUUAUUUUGAAAUAGAUUUGUUUUAUAUGCAUAGAGACAAUUACAGUAAAUUUAGUUAGAAAAUAUAAUUUAGAAUUCAUCACAAUUUCUCGCUAUAAGACUGGUAAAUAUUAGUACAUUUUAACAACAAAAAAAUGAAGUAAACAUUUAGAUUCAUUUCCACUUCAUCAACAAGUAUGUUUAACAAAUGAAUAGACAUAGAUUUGCCAUUAUUUCUUAAGAACAAAAAUGUGCUGGAUAAAUAUCGAAAAAUUGCGACAAAACCCAGUGAAAAUUUUGAACAACCGAAAAUUUCGAUUAAAUUGUAUACGAAAUUUAUGCAGUUAUAUUAUAUUUGGUUAAUAUUUGCGUUUUAAUAAGACCACCCUAAUAAUAAAAAAUAAAAAUAAAAAUUCCGGCAUCAAAGCUGCUAAUAAUCGGACGACAAAUUAAUUUAUGCAGUAGAAAUAAGUGAAUUUCCCACUUUUGUUUUUAAAUUG